AUGGUUGGAAACACACCACUUGUAAAACUCAAUAAGAUACCGAAAGAAUAUGGUCUAGAAUGUGAUAUUUAUGCAAAAUGUGAGUUUCUCAAUCCUGGGGGCUCUAUCAAGGACCGGAUAUCACUGGCUAUGAUGAAAGAAGCUGAGGACGGUGGAAAUGUAACAAAAAAGACCGUUUUUGUUGAACCUACAUCCGGAAAUACUGGUAUUGGUGUUGCUUUUGAUGCAGCGUUGAUGGAAAGAAAAUCUAUAAUUAUAACGGGUGAGAAAAAUUCAGACGAGAAAAUAAGCACGAUGCGUCUGCUUGGAGCUGAAGUAAUUCAGACGAAGAAGUCGCCUAUUGAAAUAGCUCAUCGGAUUCACGAUAACGAUCCUGAGAAUGUGAUUAUACUUAACCAAUUCGAAAAUCCGAUGAAUCCAAGAAUACAUUAUGAAACGACUGGGGAGGAAAUCAUCCAUGCGCUAGGAGAUGUCGAUAUGGUUGUCAUGGGUGUGGGGACGGGUGGAACUUUAUCGGGGGUGGGGCAUAGGAUUAAAGAACACCUUCCCCAAUGCCAUGUAAUAGUUGCCGAACCAGAUGGCUCUACAUUAUUUAAUGUUGAUGGAAAGAACCAUUCAUACCUGGUAGAAGGAAUUGGAGGGUCAACCGCUCCCAUUGUUCUGGAUAAAUCUGUAGCAAAUGGUUUUGAGGUGGUGAACGAUGAAGAAGCCUUUCUCAUGGCUAGAAAAUUAAGUGAAAAGGAAGGAUUGUUAUGCGGAGGCAGCAGCGGAACCGCAAUGGCAGCAGCAGUAAAAGCUGCAAAGAGAAUGAAUCUAGGCGCUGGAAAACGUGUAGUUGUCGUAUUGACAGACGGAAUACGGAACUAUAUGACUAAAUUUGUCUGUGACCAGUGGAUGGAAGCGCAUCUCUUUUUGGACCCACCUAUCCACACCAUGAAGUGGUGGAAAGACCCAAUUACGAAAUUAACUCCGCGGCAUGAGUAUCCUAUGAUUGGUGUAGGAUUAAGUUGCCUUCAAGCCAUUAAAGAAAUGGAUAAAGAAAACGUUGCCGUUGUGGUAAACGAUAAAAGGUGGUUUGUCGGUGCAGUCUCUAAGGACAGUCUUCGGAACAACGCUACAAAUCCUACAAAACUCCCGGGACAAAGUUCAGAAGAUUUCGACUUUAAUGAACCAGUCGUGAAGCAUUUAUUGAAAACCAGCUACACAUUAGCAAAGAAUGGCAAAAAGGGCAUGCCAACUAUAGGAUUGCUUUCAAGGAUCCUUGAUAUAACAGACUUUGUGAUAAUUGGAAAGAAUACCAAUUCAACUGAUGGUGAAGUUCAUUUUACACCGGAAAGUGUUGCCACUGCUGAUGACGUCCUAAAUUAUAUUCUACAAAAACACUGA